AUGGAUGUACAGCGGGACUACACCAACCAUAUGGCGGACUUUCCAACCUCGUCGAUCACAUCUGACCGGCUGAUGCCCUUGCAGCAGCUAUUUACCGUGCCACUGAUGUCGACCUGGAGUGCGCCAUUCAUGCAAUUUGGGAUAGAACAGUUCAGCAGACUAUUGACUGUUUAUCCCGAAUUCAGGACCUGCCAUCCUGUCAUCACCGCAUUGAACAUUAGAGAUAACAACCCCCGAAGACGCGAAAAGGCUUGCCAACUCGGAAUCGUGGCCUCAGUCCAGCCUGUUCACCUAGACCCAGUAACCUUUGACGGGUGGCCAGAGAUUCUUGGGAUUCAGCGUUGCAAGCGGGUUUUUGCUUACCAAGAGUUUCUCGAUGCUGAUGCUCAUUUGGCCUUUGGCACCGAUUCCCCCACUGCAGCGCAUCAGGCACUGCCCAAUCUUUAUGUUGCUACUACUCGGCGGUCGGCUAUCCAUCCGCUCUUGCAAGAUACCAUCAAUCCCGAAUUCGCUGUUUCCCUCCGUGACCGCUGUCUCAGCAGCUACUUCGAGGGCUGCGUAUGCAUCCUUUUCAGACUCGUGGACAGGGAGUCUGCAUCCCGGAUUCAAUGCCAAUGUCGCUGUCCUGGAUAUGAUCUUGGCCCCAGAAUCUCUUUUGGAAUCCCGUGUGUGCCAAACCUGGUACAAGGGAAAGAAGGUGUUUGA